AUGAAGAACGUCCUGCAGCAGCUGUUUUCCAGUUGGAAGAAACACACUCCGGCCUUUGAAAAGCCUACGAAAGAAACCGCUGCUUCCAUUGCGGACUCUGGCUAUCAAGCCGCUUCAUCCACCUCUGGAAGGACUACGAAAGAAGCAGCUGCUUCCAUUGCGGAUUCUGGCUAUCAAGCCGCGUCGUCCGUCUCUGGAAGGACUGCGGGUAACCGCAGCACAUACAUAUCGGACUUUCAUACCAACUCGUCGACGUGCGGAAGCCUUGCGAAGCAACGCGUUGAUUCGAUCUAUAGCCUAUCGUGUAUCGAUUCAGAUCACGUCACAUCGUCAAUCUGCGGAAGAACCGUGGGAAGCCGCAACUCAUUCCAUGAAUCCACAUCAUCGACGUUGAAAAGGGCUUCGGAGCAAGUCAGCAUGUUCGAUUUCGGCAAUUCGGUAUACAGUCCAUCCAUCUGCGGAGGAAAUGCAGAAGAAGAUAGCAGGCCGGAUCACCAACUUGUAUCGUCAACAUUGGAAAGAGGCGCAGAGAAAGUCAGCUUGUAUACUAUCAACGAAGACGGCCAAUCGAAUGCUCCGGUUGAUAUCAUUCUCUUCUGCGAUACCGAUGCUUCCCUUUUCAAGGCCAUUGUAAAGCACCAUUCGUCGGAACUGGACGGGACGAUCGCGAACGAGCUUGGAUAUCUCAACUUGCAUCACCGACGAAGAACUGAAUGCGGGUUGGUCCUCAACUACUUGGAAUUCGAGUACUUCAGUAACACCGAUGGAAGAUUUUAUCGUAUAACCCGCUUCGAUACAUUGGAGGAUGCUGCUCGGUUCUUGCUUUCGGAACCAUACAAGGAAAGAGGCGCAGUACUGGUCUGCCCGGCUCGUGAUUGUUCAAGCAGCUGCAAAGCUGACGGUGAAGUCAAGACCGAAAUGGCUGUCAUGGMGAAGGCGCUGAUUCGACACACGCUCGGAUUUAGUUGUGUCGCGGUGCUCUUCGAUGAACCGUCAAUCCUACAGACUCACGAUGUUGGUCGCGCAGGAUGGCAGGACAGAUUGAUGAACUUCUCCGGGAAUGGUAUCGUUGAGAAGGGCUUCGUAACACGAGUCGAGGGAUCCUCGAAAGCAAUGCUGGAUGCCAGACGAGGACAACAUCCAAAGCAAAAUGCAUGGUGGUGUCCGUCACCUGUGGAGCAACUCCAAUCCAUGCUUUCCUUCUUCCACUUCAGAUUGCCACAACGCGAUGUGUUCGACGAGGUUUAUGCGAAUGGCGAGCUCGUCAAGACUCGACACAUCUCCAAAGUUCUCACUGCUCGCUUCUACUGCUUCAGUCUGCUAGAAGGUGGAUCGUCAAUCACUGCAUUGACUGAGCUGAAGAUCUCGAUUGCCGGGAACGUGGUAGCUGAAGGCCACAUUGUGGACUCCCCUGGUUCGGUCAUUGAGCCGGGCAAGCUUUGUCCGGGUAAUGUGCUCGUACUGUUACAGAGUGCCGUCCCUGCGGAUUCGAGAGAUCAAUUCGUCGCCAGGAGAAUGGACGGGACCAGUGUUGGAGUUGGGAUUAUCGUGAGCUGUAGCUGA